ACCAGGGCCCUGCCGGGGGUCUGGUCUGGGGUUUGGGGGUUUGGGGGGUUUGGUCUGGAGAGCAAUAACAGCAACAGCAGCUACCGCAGAUAGAUAGACAUAUGAUAUCUCUUGCAGGUGGACUACGCGUGCUGGGGCUCAUGCUGCUGGCAAACGCCGCGUAUUCGAGACACGAGCUGAACCAGCUGGCCUUCAUCGUCGCCGAGAACACGGCAGUCGGUGAGGGAUUCUCGGCAGCACAGACGCCGCAGACGCUGCAGACGCUGCCGAUGGACGUUGUGCUGGAGCUAGCGUGUGGCGUUGUGCUGGUGCUGGCGGCGACACUCGUGUCAUUAUUCAGGUCGGCCGAAGUGUGCGCUGCCCCGGCGACGGUGGUGCUCAAGGACGGCCGGUGGGUCGUCGACACGCGACGAGGAACAGCUGGCGGGAGCGGCGAUCAGCACCCAUUGCGUGCCAUCGACGUGGCCGCAGCCAACACUGCUGCCGACCACGCCGGCACGGGAUCCUACGCCUACCUGGACACAAGGGUUAACUUUGCCAACCUAACGAAGCGGGCUCUGGCGUUUGCCGCCUGGGCGUCUUCAAACGCCGACGCGGGCGACGCCGCCACGACAGAAGCGAUAUAGAACAGUGGAUAGCCGGAUAGAUACGCGUACAUAGAAGAAUAGUAGUGUUACACUGACUGGUAGUAGGUGGUAUGCUUGGGGCUAUCUCGCUCACUUGUGGAAGAUACUUCGGAGCCGGCCCAUGAAGGAGUCGCCGUGCUUCGGAACGGUCAGCUUUGUGCUCGGGGUGGUCCGGCUCUGGAUGCUGGCCGUCACGGAACUCGUGUCCUUGAGCGUGAUCUGCACCGACGACGUCAAGUCCUCAUCCUCGUCCCCCUCCGCGUCCUCGUCCCCGGCGGCAUUCGCCGCCUCCACCUCCUGCUGGAUCUCCUCCCACCGGGUCUCGCUGUUGGGAUGCG